AUAAAUAAAUAAAACCACGAACGCUUUGGUUUCCGGCGCGUAAACGGCGGCCGUUUCUGCUUCUGCUUCCGCUGCGUACGGUGGUCGGGUCAGGAAAAGUGAGCGCGAGCGAGCGGCGGUCGGCGAUGGCGGACGGUGCCGACGGGGGAGAGGUCACUCUCAAGGACUUGAAGACGAAGAUGGCGGAGUUUGCGAGAGAGAGGGACUGGGAUCAGUUUCAUAGCCCUAGAAAUCUCCUUCUGGCUAUGGUGGGAGAAGUGGGGGAGUUAUCUGAGAUAUUCCAGUGGAAAGGGGAGGUUCCAAGAGGGCUUCCUGACUGGAAAGAAGAAGAGAAACAACACCUUGGGGAAGAACUCUCAGACGUUUUGCUGUACCUAGUUAGGCUUGCUGAUAUCUGUGGGAUUGAUCUUGGGAAGGCAGCUCUGCGGAAGCUGGAGCUGAAUGCCAAGAAAUACCCAGUCAAGCUCUGCAAAGGCUCCUCAAGAAAACACACACAAAUCUGCCAAGAAGAAGAUCAUUGCAGUGAAAAUGGUGGAGAAGAAGAAGACCCCACCAAAGAGUGACAGCAGCAGCAGCAGCAUAAGAGAAGGCAGUGAUGGUGUCUUCUGAACUUUGGGUAUGAUUUCAUGUCUUUAUGACUUGACUUUGGAUAGCUUCUAAAUUUUGUUGUUGUUGUCAUUCGUCACGGCUCUCCUUUUGUGAGUUUUUUUUUUUUUCUCUAAUCAUACUUUGACACAUUUUGUCCUUUGCUAAGCACUUUUCAGCUACAGAACACUCUAGCUGUCCCCAAAUACGCCCCACUCUUCUACAGAACUCUCUCAAGUGGCUGGUUGAUUUGGAUUGUGUUGGGUGGUUUUCUAGAGUCGAUGUUGUUUUUAUACUGUUGUUUUUAGUCUUAGCAUGGCACUUUUUCAAACUAUGUUUUAAGAGUGGCUCAUAUUUUGUGUAACUCUGGAUUUGGUAUUUAAUCUUUUGAAAGUUUCAUUUGGGACCU